CUUGCUUUCUCUGUUUUAGACAGCAUCGCAACAGGAAUGACGGUGAACACACCUCUCUGCUUCAGGGGAAAAAACAUCCUGGCCCCCAUGGUGCGCGUGGGAACGCUGCCAAUGCGGCUCCUCGCGCUGGACUACGGCGCCGACAUCGUGUACUGCGAGGAGCUGAUUGACAUAAAGAUGAUGCAGUGUAAGAGAGUUGUAAAUGAAGUACUUGAAACAGUAGACUUUGUUGCACCAAAUGAAAGAGUUGUUUUCAGAACCUGUGAAAGGGAGAGGCACCGUGUCGUCUUUCAAAUGGGUUCAGCAGAUGCUGAAAGAGCGUUGGCAGUAGCUAAGCUUGUAGAAAGUGAUGUAGCUGGUAUUGAUAUCAAUAUGGGCUGUCCAAAAGAAUAUUCUACUAAGGGAGGUAUGGGAGCAGCACUUCUAUCUGAUCCUGACAAAAUAGAGUCUAUACUGACUACUCUUGUUAAAGGAAUUUGUAAGCCAGUAACCUGCAAAAUCCGUAUUUUGCCCUCAGUUGAGGACACUGUAAAUUUGGUAAAGAGAAUAGAAAAAACUGGUAUUGCUGCCAUUGCAGUCCAUGGAAGGAAGAAGGAGGAGAGGCCUCAGCACCCUGUGCACUGUGAUGUGAUCAAAGCCAUAUCUGAAGCAGUCUCCAUUCCAGUAAUUGCAAAUGGAGGAUCUCAUGACUUCAUCAAAGAAUAUACAGACAUUGAGACCUUCCAGAAAGCAACAGCUGCCUCAUCUGUAAUGAUAGCUCGUGCUGCCAUGUGGAACCCAUCUAUCUUCAGAAAAGAAGGUCCUUUCCCCUUGAAAGAAGUCAUGCAAGAUUACAUCAAAUACGCAGUGAGAUAUGAUAAUCACUAUACCAACACAAAAUAUUGUUUGUGUCAGAUGUUAAGAGAACAGUUGGAAACUGCUCAGGGUAAGAAGCUGCAUGCAGCACAGUCCACACAGGAAAUCUGUGAAGCCUUUGAAAUGUCUGAGUUCUAUGAAGAAACAACAGCUGUUUUUGAAGCUAAGAAAACAUCUUUGGAAACUAAGAAGCAAGAUGAAGAUGACCAGAUGGAAGAUCCAGAUGUAAUAAAAAUGGCUGUUAGAUUUGACAAGCGAGAAUAUCCACCACAGAUUACUCCAAAAAUGUAUCUUUUGGAAUGGUGUAGGAAAGAAAAGCAUCCUCAGCCUGUUUAUGAAACUGUUCAAAGACCACUAGAUAAACUAUUCUGUUCAGUGGUAACAGUAGCUGACCAAAAGUACAGAUCAGCUCUGUGGGACAAGUCCAAGAAACUAGCAGAACAGGCUGCAGCUAUUGUCUGUCUGAGAACACUGGGUGUCCCAGAGGGAAAGCUGUGUGAGGGAGAAAACCACCUGAUUAACAAACGCAAGAGAGAAGACCAAGAGCACAAGAGAGAAGACCAGGAGUGCUUGAACAACAGAGAUCAUGGAAAAGAUCUUGCUGAGCCUUCCCAUAAAAAAGCUAAUUUUGCUGAAGAAAGUUCUGACAUGAAUGUGCCUAAGAUGCAACGGUAGCAUGGAGGUCAGAGGCUUCAUACAACUACACAGAAGCUAGAAAUUAGCUCCUAUUUGUAUAUCUUGCUGUUCACACUUUGUCUGGAUUCUGAGAUGGCUAAAUUCCCUAGCUGUGGAAAAAUGCCACUAAGAUCUACUGUUUACCACUUGCUAUCCCCAUGGUGCCUUUCAGACAGGGUAAAUCAGCAAUCUGAUUUUAGGAAAACGUCAAGAAUAUUAUCUCAAACAAUAAAUUCUUUUAAUAUCAGACUCUA